AUGGAUACUGCUACAACCGCCACUCCUCUUCACAUGUGUGAAUCUGAUGAUCCCAAUGUUCCUAAGGAGGAAGCCUUCACCCUUCCCCCAGCCUACGACCCGGAGGCUGUUGGCCCUGCGCCCCAAGAAAGCCGUCCAGCUGCGACCAAUGGACAUGAUGAGACCCAGCCGCAGAUGAGCGACGUUGUCAAGAGGCUCCUCAAGACAAGAUUCUGCCGAUAUGGCCUUCACUGCAAAUACGGUGCCAAGUGCUUUUAUGCCCACAGUCCCGAGGAGCUCAGACAGAGGCCUCCCCCUCCUCCGGGUUAUCGCAAGGCCUUCCCUCCAGCCCACGCCGCUCCCUUUCCGCCAGAGCACAUGGCUGCUAUGAUGCUCAGCAAGGUACGCUAUCCUACGAUGAGUUACCCACCACCGUUAGCUUUCUUACCCGAAGCUAUGGCGCAGUUGAUGCCUCCCAUGGGUGACCUACGUGUUAAUAUGAUGCCCCACGGUAUUCCUGAACCCCCUACUGAUAACGCCCACUCGGGCUCUGCCGCUCCAGCCCCUGCUGUCCCUCCCCCUGGAAUCUACGGCUCUGCUCCAACUAAGGCACCUAUUAUAGCCAAUAUGCCUGAGUACAUGGCGGUUCGUCCGAGCCAUUCCGGUCUGACUGCCGCUCAAAUCGCCAAUCUCUUGGAGGUGGCUGCUUCGACUGCGAAGGCCAGGAAGGAGAAACUUGAGGGGAAAUAG